GAAGAGGUUAAGUACAUUCACUGCUUCAGGACUAAUGCUUCCUAAUGAUAGCACCGGAGGCUGAAACCAUGUCGGAACCACCCAAUAAGAAGCAAAAGAAGAGUGAUGAUUGUCCAAUCGACAAGCAGAUUGAAGAUAAAAGGAAACAGUUGCGAGAAAAGGGGUGGAAAUUCAACAAGAAAAGGUGCCGCAUCCUCACAGCUGAAGAAGUUCCCGAAAAAGCCAGAAGCGUGGUGUACUGGAUGUCUAGGGACCAGCGGGUUCAAGAUAACUGGGCCCUGCUGUUUGCUCAGAAGCUAGCUCUCAAGUUUAAGCUGCCCCUGCACGUGUGUUUCUGCCUGGUGCCCAAGUUUCUGGAUGCCACCAUCAGACAUUACGGGUUCAUGUUGAAAGGGCUGCGGGAGGUGGAGACGGAGUGCUCUCGGCUGGGGAUCGGCUUCCACCUGCUGAUCGGGCCGGCCUCCACCAGCUUGGUCAAGUUCGUCGCGGACAACGGCGCGGGUGCCGUGGUCGCCGACUUCGCGCCGCUCAGGGUGCCUCGCCGCUGGCUGGAUGACGUCAUCGAAGCGCUUCCUAAUGACGUCAGUGUCAGCCAGGUGGACGCGCACAACGUGGUGCCGUGCUGGGUUGCGAGUGACAAGCAGGAGUACGGCGCCCGCACCAUCCGGCGCAAGAUCAUGGACCGGCUGCCCGAGUUCCUCACGGAGUUCCCGCCGGUGCUCAGACACCCGCACGCUGCGGACGGCAAGCGACAGCCGGUGGACUGGGCGGCGGCCGAGCGCAGCCUGGAGGUGGACCGGACGGUGGCCGAGGUGGAGUGGGCGCGGCCCGGCGCGGCGGCCGCCCUCCGCCAGCUGGACGAGUGCCGCAGUCGGCUGCGACUCUUCGCCGACAAACGCAACGACCCGACUGUGGAGGCGCUCAGCAACCUGUCGCCCUGGCUCCACUUCGGUCAGCUGUCGGCGCAGCGGGCGGUGCUGGAGGUGCGCCGCCACAGCAGCCGCCACAGCAAGGCCGUGCAGGCGUUCGUGGAGGAGGCCGUCGUACGCCGGGAGCUGGCUGACAACUUCUGCUACUACCAGCCGCACUACGACAGCGUGGAGGGCGCCUACGGCUGGGCCGGCGACACGCUGAAGGCGCACCGCAAGGACAAACGGGAGUACCUGUACAGCCGAGAGCAGCUGGCGGCGGCGCAGACGCACGACGACCUCUGGAACGCGGCCCAGAUCCAGAUGGUGCAGGAGGGCAAGAUGCAUGGCUUCCUGCGGAUGUACUGGGCCAAGAAGGUGCUGGAGUGGACGCCGUCGCCCGAGGAGGCGCUGGCAACGGCGAUCUACCUCAAUGACCGCUUCUCCCUGGACGGCCGUGAUCCCAACGGUUACGUGGGGUGCAUGUGGUCGAUCUGCGGCAUCCACGACCAGGGCUGGGCCGAGCGGCCCGUGUUCGGCAAGAUACGCUACAUGAACUAUCAGGGCUGCAAGCGCAAGUUCAAGGUGGACCAGUUCGUGUCCCGCUACGGCGGCAAGGUGCAUAAGUACGUGGCGCCCAAGUGAGCGCGGCGCUGUGCUGCGAGUGCUGCGGUGGCCCGCGGGCAGGCCGUGCCGGCCGGGGCGCCCUGCCUCGUACUGCAAGGAGCCGCCCCCGGGCUGGCCGUGCUGGCGGCCGCGCUGGCCGGGGCGCCCAGUCUCGUACUGCGAAGAGCCGGCUGAUGAAAACAGUCUCCUCGGCUGGCCUCGGGGAUGUGGUGAAUGAUUGUGAUUCUUAAGUCAGGUGUGGUAGUGUUUGUAUGUAUUUUCGCAUGCUGCCUCGCGUGUUCUUAUCACUUUGUUAUGACACCCUGUUCUCCGACUAUGUUUUCAUGUGCUAGAUCUGAAGAUAAACAUCACCGGCGUCAAAUAUGGUCGGCACAUGACAAAUGUGUAGCCCCCGCUCAGCUGAUCUAGUAACUACGCGUGCGCGAUGUGAGAAUUGAUGUAGCCGACGUGCUCUGCGCCCCGUCUCAUGUCGGGCACCGUCCAACUGUGAACCAUGGUAGGAAGAAACCCAUCCAGAAACAUACAUUUUU